UAGACUUCUGUGCCUCGUCUCAUCAUGGCUGCCAGCACGAGUGUGUUAACAUGGGUGACUCCUAUUCCUGCCGCUGCCUAAAAGGUUUCACUCUGAAUCCAGAUAAGAAGACCUGCAGAAGGAUCAACUACUGUGCGCUGAACAAACCGGGCUGUGAGCAUGAAUGCAUCAACACGGAGGAAGGUUACUACUGUCGCUGUCGCCGGGGCUACACCCUGGACCCUAAUGGCAAGACUUGCAGCCGAGUGGAUCACUGUGCGGAGCAGGACCACGGCUGUGAGCAGCUGUGUCUGAACACUGAGGAUUCCUAUGUCUGCCAGUGCUCGGAAGGCUUCCUUAUCAAUGAGGACCUCAAGACCUGCUCCAGGGUGGAUUAUUGCUUGCUGAGCAACCAUGGUUGUGAGUACUCCUGCGUCAACACGGACAGAUCCUUUGCUUGUCAGUGUCCUGAGGGACACGUGCUCCGCAGUGACGGGAAGACUUGUGCCAGUAAGUGA